AUGGUAAAAGUAGGAGUUUUACUAAAUGUCGUUACUUUGAACUAUUUGUUGGAGGUUUUAUUUGAAAAUAGUAGGAUUGAGUCUGCUUUGGAUCAGUUUAGGAGAAUGAACAAGAAAGGGUUUAGUCCUAGUAGUAGGAAUUAUGAGAUAAUAAUAAAAGGCCUUAUUUUGAGCAAUCGACUGGAUGAUUCGGUUAUCAUUUUAGGCGAGAUGUUUAAUGCUGGAUUUGAGCCGGAAUUAAGUUUCUAUACCUGUAUAAUACCACUGUUUUGUAGGGGAAAUGAACUAGAGGAGGGAAUCCAACUGUUAAGGUUGAUGAGAGCUUCAAAUCUUUUACCAGAUGAGUUGAUUUACACGGAAUUGAUUAGAUGUAUGUGUAAGAACCAUAGAUUAGACGAUGCAAAUAAUCUUCUUGAAGAGAUGAUCGAAAACGGUAGAACACCUUUUGUUGAUGUGCUUGCUGAUCUAGUAGUAGACCUUUGUGCAAUAGGAAAAUUUGACGAAGCUAUGAAUUUCUUGGAAGACAAAUGUGGUUACAUAACUUCUCCAUACAACGCUAUGCUUGAAGGUUGUUGCAAUGCUGUGGAAGGUCUUUGCCAGGCGAGAAUGAUCAUGGAGGCUGCUGAAAUUUUUCAUUACGUGUCGAAGAACGGAUGCUCCCUCCAUCCUUCUUCUUACAAUAUGCUGAUAGGCAGCAUGUGUGUAAUGGGACAAGUGGAUAAAGCACUUAGGCUACGGGGUUUGGCUUACAGUUCUGAUACUUCUUAUACUACUUUAACUUACACUACAAUUAUGCAUGGAUUGUCAAAAUUAAAAAUGGCUAUAGGACAAAUGAUAUCAAGCAGUGCCCUAAUAAGUUUGAAUUGGCCACAGAUUGUUGACCAUUGUUUAGCAGCUGAAGUUCCAUUCUUUGACAGUAAGAUUGUUGUUGAACUCUAUCCAACCACAGUUGCCAGAAAAGCAGUGUUCAUCAAGUUCUAG